AUGAGGUAUGGGGUAGAGGUAUGGGGAUGGAAGGGGAGGGAGAAAAUGGAGAGGAUUCAGGAGAGAUUUUUGAAGUGGAUAUUGGGAGUAGGAAGAACGGUGCCAGGAUACAUGGUGAGGGAGGAGAUGCAGAGGGAGUUGUUGGGAGGAAGGGCUGGUAUGAGGGCAUGGGGAUAUGAAAGGAAACUAAGUGAAGGGAAAGGAGGGGAGCUGGCGAGGAAAUGUUGGAUGGAGAUAAGAGGGAGAGCAGUGAGGGGUAGGGUUUUAGGAGAAUGGGAGGAAGAGAGGAGAGAAUUUUGGGAAAGAAAGGGGUGGAGUAUAGGGGAGGUGGAGGAGUGGAGGGAUGAAGGACGAUUGAGAGGGGAAGAGAUAGUAAGAAGGGAGAAAGAGGUGCAGAGGGAAGAAAGGUGGAGGAAGAUAAUGGAGUCAAGGUACAAUACAUGGUAUAAAAUGAUAAAAGGAGAGCAGGUGCCAAGGUAUCUGAAGAAGAAUUGGGAGGAAAUGAGGUGGCAGUUGGUGGCAGGGUAUAGGUUAGGGGAUAAAAUGAAAAGGGGAAGGUAUUGCGAAGAGGAGGAUAGAAGGAGAUGCAGAGUUUGUUGGGGAGGAAUAGAGUCGUGGGAGCAUGUAUGGGAGGAAUGUACGGACUGGGGUAGAGAAAAAGGGUGGCAGGAGGUUGUGACGGAGGUGCUAGGGGAAGAGGGGGAAGGGGAGGUGUGGAUGAGGAGAGUGGAAGUGAUGAGAGCAAGGACGAGCGGCGGAAACGGAGGUCAGGAAUGAGAGUGUGUGUGGGAAUAAAUGAAUGGAAUCUCUCUCUUUCUCUCUCGCGCGCGCAGGUGUGAAUGGAAGGAAAAGUUAGAUGUAAGGUAGAGAAGUAAGACUUAGUGUAUAAGUAGUGUUAAGAGGAAGUAAUGUAAGCGGAGCCGAGGUCCGCGUGUACUCCGCAAAGAGAAUAAAUUAUAACUAACUAACUAACUAAUACAAAUUUAAGGUAAUAAUUAUUCAUUUUGUCCAAAUAAGAAACACUUGGAUAUGUAUAUCGUUUGACAUAUAUAGGUUAGAGUAAGGAAUAGCUGGAUGCCAGUUAUUAAGACAGUGGAAGAAAAUUCGACCAGAUAUUGCUAGAAGUAAUGCACAAGACAUAGUAAUGUUGCCUUGUAAUAUGUGUACGUAUGCAUUAGAAGCAUGAUAAAUUUUAACAGUGCAACGUGAUAUGAUACAUACAUAGCGCUCCCUUUAAUUUAGAAUUAAGUGAUCUGUAUAUAAAGUUUGUAUGAAAAUUAUGAUU